CUUCCAUUGAGCUUGGGCAACGACGCUGGCGCACCGCCAACCUGGCCACUGGUAACAUUCGUCUUCGACCACCUUGGCCGCCAUCAUCACAAUAAGCCACGCUUUCUCGCAGGGGGGAGUCCUUGCGCUUCCUCAGCCAUGGGUGCAAGCGACUCCAAGAUCGUCUUCAAGCAGGGCAUCUUCCGGCUGUCGGAGGAACGGCACAUCCCCGCCGACGACACAUACUGGACCUCGGUUUGUACGAUCCGUCACGACGGCCGCGACAUACUGCUGAUAUCCCUUUAGUUCUGGGAGCUUCCAGAAUCGUCAGAGGAUGUUUUUAGUCUCUUCUCACCCGCCGACAUUCGCCGCACCCGCGACCGAGCCCUGGAGAAUAUAGAGACCCUCAUACUCGCAUUGACGUCACGCCUGUUCAUCCUACGGCAUCACCCAUCGUUUCCGGAUCCCGAGCUUGCGCCCGAACGCGACGCCCUGAAUUGUAUACGAGUCUUGACCCGCCUGCUGCCUUAUCUCUACGAGAAGGACAGCCUCGCCUCCUGGGAAGAGCGCUUCUUCUGGGCCGCGCGCCGGAAGAAGACUCGCAAGGCCGCCAUCGCCAACGAGGUCCUAUUCGACGAAGCGCAGGCCGAUAAGCAAGAAGCCAAGCCGGAGGCUGUAGAAUUCGAAGAUGCGAAACCACUAGCGGAAGAGUUGAUUGAUACCUUGGUCGACCUGCUCUUCUAUUCCGAUCUGACAAUAUCUCGCCAGCCGCACGGACACCCCAAGGUGACAUAUGCGAUAUGGCAAAGCGGCGUCGGAUGCCACAACACAGUGGCGACAACCAAGGAAUAUGAGAGCAACCGAUGUGAAAUAUUGCGACUACUUCUUGCUCUUGCUGGACAGAGCAUGUACAUGACGCCUUCGGUGCUGCCGCAACGAGGAGUGAGGAGCUUGACGUAUCUGUGCACAUGUCAGGACAAGCAGAUUGUCUUAUCCGUCCUGUGCUCCCUGCUCAACACCGCGCUAAAAUACAAUCCCGCAAGCUGGCGGGUGCCGUACAAUACACUGGUGUUCAAAGAUACUAAGCAGAUUCUAGUGACGGACUCGCUGCAGUUCCUGCUGGCCUUGCUUGUGUACCCCAUACCAGAAGAUAUACCGGUCCAAAAGAACUUUUACAGACACUUUCUUGGACGACUCCAUCGCCCCCAGGACUUCCAAUUCAUCGUCGAUGGAAUGAACCGGAUCCUCAGCCAGCCGCUUCAGGAGAAGACCUCAUACCUGCCGGGGACGCAAGGAGCGACCAAUUUUGCGCCAGAGAUUCUCAUGUUCUUUUGGGAAAUGACGCAAUGCAACAAGAGGUUUCGAUCCUUCAUCAUCGACACGGAUCGAGCGCACGAUUUUGUUAUUCUCACCCUGUUCUACGCGCUCGAGUACAAAAACGACUCUGCCAAGCAAGGAAUUGUUCGCAUGUGCGCCUUCAUGUUGCAAACGUUGAGCGUCGAGCCCAGUUUUGGCAAGAGUCUGAACAAGCGCUUCGAGGGUCAAGACAGCCUGCCGGCGUGCAUCCGGAUCAAUGGCUUCAGGGGCACGUACACGGAUUUCCUCAUCCAUUCCAUCUACACCCUAAUUACAACUAGUCAGGGCAACUUUGCGGCAGUAUACCCGGCACUCCUGGCCGUCAUCAACAACAUCGCACCCCAUAUCGAAAAGCUCAGUGCUUCUGGCAGCUCGCAGCUCAUGCACCUAUUUACGUCCAUGUCCUCGCCCUCAUUUUUGCUGGCCAACGAGACCAACCACACACUUCUCCACUCGCUACUGGAGUCGGUGAGUUGCAUUGUCGAGCACAACUAUCGCAAAAAUCCGGAGCUGGUGCUGGCGAUUGUCAAGAACAAGAAGCGCAUCGAGGCGCUGCGGACAUUCACGCUGGAGAGCGGGCAGGAGGAACUGGAGCGGCGAAACAGGCGAAAGAAGGACGACGGCGAUUCGUUGGACCCAUCAUCUGUGCGCAGCUCCGUCGACAGCGCACGGAGCCCGGCGAAUGCACCGGCUCGCUCGCAAACUCUGGAUGAGGUGCCCGAGGAUGGCACCUUUGCCAUCGGUGACGACGAGGAUGACAGCGACGAGGACCCGGAGCCGACUCCAGCGCCGUCCACCGUCAGCGAGAACCAGUCACAGAACUCGUCGACGGCGAACGUCGACGAUGCACUUCCAGUCCAGCUGCGGGGCAUGUCCGAGAAGGCGCGUGGCAAGAUGCCGGCGGGGGCCAGGUCGUUUUCGCGUCAGAACAGCACCACGAGCAUCGCAACGCAGUCUACUUCGGCGCCGGCCCCGGGAGCCACGUUCGAGCCGACAGCUCAGUGGAUCGACAGCUGGCUGCCUGAGCUCCCCUUGCACACUCUCCUGACAGUUAUACAGCAGGUGUCGAGCCUGUUGCCUCGGCAGGACGCCGGCAAAGACGUCGGAGGGGUCGACUUGAUGAUUCGCAUCAAGGAGACGGAGUUUGUCGGAGUCGAACCGUCGCCGCCGCGGACGCAUUUGUUUGAGUGGUCACAACUGGCGCUGGCUUGGUACGAGUCGCUCCUCUGGGGUGUCGUGUUCACGAGCGAGAUGCAGAUCGCCAAAGGUACCAUGGGCAUCUGGAACGGCACGGCCAUCAAGCUGUUCCGGGUCCAGGAGACGGCGCCAGAGGGGCCGACGCUGACGUCGCCCCGAGGCGCGGUGGAUGCGGUUGGAAGCAAUAUUGUGUCCCGCAUCGGACAGAUCAACAUUCGCGGUGGAUCGGCAAACGCUGGCUCCGGCGCGUCAGCGAGGAGCAGCAGCUGAGCUAUGGCACUUGGCCAUGGUUGUCAGGAGACGCCCAGUGCCACGGAGCCAGGAUGGGGGGCUUGUCCUGGUGUGGAUGUGAUCGGCAGGCAGGUGUGGCUUAUCGGAGUUCGGGACGCCAAUAGCCAACGGGAACCCUGAAGUGAGCUGCAAGACGAGAAGAGACCCGGACGAUUUGCACCGGAGGCUGGUUCGGUCUGACCGACUCGGACAGCGAUGGGGGGGUGGGUUGACGCCAGAUGCUUGAUCAUCUGGCGCCCAUGUAUGUAUGUACUCCAUCGAGGGGGACGGCGCGUGUACCAACUUGCCAUGUUGCGCGUCGACAAGGCAAAGCAAGGAAGCGACUCUGUGGCGACGGGGGCUGACGUAUGUGUUUGAGAGCGCGGCGUUUGUCAGGUGGCCUUGUCCAGUACAGCAGAAGCCAACGGGCAGUGAUUGCUUGUUCCGAGAAAGCCUGUCGAGCUCAUUAGUCGGUGUCUGUCCUGUGAUGCUGUGUAAUAAGGCAAGCAAGCAUGUAAAACAGGAG